UAGUAAUCUUUCUUGUAUAGUCAAUUGUGAAAUAACAUGAGAGCUCUUAGCCAUGUAAUAUUAAAUAAUUAGUUAACUUUAUAUGUGGAAAUCUAGCUUUGAGCCAUGCAUAUAUAAGGUCAAUAAAAAAUCGCCUUUUUCCCAUUUCCAAAUGCUUUUACAUGGAUCCGUACACAUGUCUAGCAGUACCAAGAGAAUCACUUGAAGGUGAAGCAACCUAUUCGAAGUAAAUAAGUUUUGGGAUUAUUAUAAAAUUGCAUGAAUGUCGAACAUGCAUGUGAAUUGGUGAUUUCUUUAAACUUUGGAAUAUAAACUUUUUACAUUUAAUUAUCAAUUGCACCACCAACAAACUGGUCUGAAAGAAAAGAAACGUUUUCUUUUUACGAGUAAAGUCCAAAGAAUUUUCUGAAAAGAAAUGUGGCAGAAUAAACCGGAAUGAUGAACCCAAAAGCGUUCCAUAUACAAUCUUCUUCCAAAGAUUUUCCUUAAUUAAUUAGAUUUGCUUAAUGCAUCCGAACGGGCUAAUAAUAAUUGGACGCGCAUCCUGUCUCCUCUCAAUUUUAUACUUUUGGCAAAGACAGCCCUUGGGCUAGGCUCAUUAGGACCGUGAGAUGGUAUCUCAAUAUUUAGGUAUGUUUUGUGCUUAGUGUGUAAAAUUGGGAUGAUACUAUGUGUAGACCAUUUUAGGUGGAUUACUCUCAUUUUGAUAUGUGAUUUAAGAAAAGGUUCAUAAAAUUUCAAUUUCUACAAAGAAGUAAAUGAAGACCUUUUUUUUAAUAUGAAAAGAUAAUUUAUUUCAGAAAUAGAUGCCCGGCCUAAAUCUUAACUAUAUAAUUUUAUGAAGUAGUCAAAAAUUAUAAAUGUGUUAACAUGCAGGAGAUAGUAAGAGCUCAUCGCCAAAACUCGAACCUGCAACCCAACAGAUGGAAAUUAAGCAACUAAAUGGGUUGAUGUCGUCGUUUAGAAAAGCAAUAUAUACAAAAUAGUUGCAUCAACACGAUUUAAUUAUUUUUUGUUUCAACAGCAAAUCAUUUUUUUCAUUUUGCAACAUGUUUUCUAAUUGUCUUUUAUGUUUUGUUACUUCUUAAAGUGUAAGUUGGCACAUCUUGUAAUAUAGUUAUCAAGGCUUGUCUAUUUAAACUAUGAUCCAAAUGAAAAUGGAACCAAGGAUCUAGGGUUUUCACUUUCCAAAUAAACCAAUUUGAUAUAUGUGAAGGUUGGCGGUAUUAGAGAUAAAACGAGUCAGCAAUUGAGUGUAAGUGUUGGUAAUAUUUAUAAGAAGACUAUCUGAUUGUUACCGAUAGUCAUACAAAAUGUACCAAAAUAAAUUAGAUCAUACAAACUAAGUUGGAAUUAUCAUAUAUAAGGAUGGUGUCUUGUAGUGAGUAACUUUAAACAUAGAUCGCCAUUGACAAUAUAACUGAAAUUUGUUUGAUUAAAUUUUACACCACUCGGGUUGGGAUGGAACUUUACCUUCUCAUUAUCUAAGGCAAGAAAGAGCCAAGAAUAAGAAGUGCGAAUAAAUGUAUUCAUAUUCUCCAUGAAAAAACCCUCCAAAACAAAAUGGGGAAAAAGAGAGAUUAAAAAACUGUUAAAAAUUACAAGGGAGACAAACCCAAGAAACAAAGGUACAUUCGAUAAGGACAUUUCCAACCAAUACUUACCCUAUCCAAGGACUAACCCUUUCCCUUUCCCAGUCUGUUUAAUACAUGCAUUAGUUAAUUAUCUUAUCACUUUUAUUUAAAAACAACCAGAAGAAAAGGCUUAAUUAUAAAUAAUACACCACACUGAUUGCUGAUUAGGGUUCCCUCCUAUUCUCUCUCCUCCUCUACAUGCAUGGCCAACCGCGUACUCACUUUCCUUUCCAAUUUGCAGGUCAAAAGCAAAACCAUUAUAGCACAUAAAUUAAUCAACUAGUAGCUGAUUGGCGUUGGCCCCAUUGGUGCAGCCAGAAAUUUGGCUAAGUAUGGUGCAAUAUUAAAUUCAAAGCAAAUUUAUCAGAGCAAUCAUUUUAAAUUUUUAGAAAUGAAACACAAGUUAUAUUAAUUUUUGGCAAGAUAGACAAGGUAUAUAUUAACUAUGAAGUAUGUUUAAUUCAAUACAUUCGUUAAAAUACCGAUUCAUUUAUUCAUAAAAGUACCACAUUUCUUGAAAGGCGUUCUGAAUGCAGGUUAAUACCGAAAAUCCUCAGCAAUCGAAGGCUCGUUUUUUUCUAUACGUAGUCUUGUUGAUGUCCCUGCAUGGUUCUAGUUCACGGUGUACUCAUUCAACGCUGUGAUUUCCAACUUGUAAAAUCGCCAUCGCACUCACAAGUAUUAUGUGACUCAUCACAAUCAUCCAUCGAUUAUUUGCACAAUUGGUAAUGUGAGAAGAACUUGAAACAUUCAUUUAAACGUCGUCGAUUUUCUCGUUCAUCAAUGAGAAUUAUCAAUUAUGUCACGGAACAAUGAAUAAAGCAAAAUCAUGCAACUCGACGUCACCACCAGCGUGCUGGACUCAAACUUCGAAUUCAUCUGCAGUACUGCUAAGAAACAAAACAGCUGAUUCUUUACUUUGUAAGUAAAAAGAGAAAGAGAAGCUUAAGUGUUAAGUAAUACAUUGUUUGGGGGUUACAAAAUCAUGACAUUUCAAAGACCCUAGCCAAAACAAUAAACUAUGACCAUAAAAUAACAAAAAGAUGGGGUUGAGAAAAAGUGAGGAGAGUAACAUAGUGGUGGUGGAGGUGGUGGCAUGGUGGGGGGGAUGAAGAAGGGAGAGUAGUAGAUUGUGAUAGAAAAGAACACCAAAAUCAAUAAAUAUCAAUAAACACAUACAUACACAAUUAUAUUAUAGACACACACAAACUAAAGGGGAAAAGAAAGAGCCUCUCCCUCUCCCUCUCUACAUCCUCCUCUCCAUCUUCUCCUUCCUGCCUUUAUCUUUCCAUUUCAUCAUCUCCUUCUUCUUCCUUUCCCCUUCUCUUUUCUCUCUCUCUUUCUCAGAAGCUCUCUCUUCAUCACUUGAUGUGAUUCUCCCACCCCAUCACCCAAAAACAGCCAUAGCUCAGUGACAGGAGAAAGAAACAAACAAGAAAAGAAUUGAAGAAGCAAGAAAAGAGAUCCAGCUAGUGAUCAAGCAAAAGGAAAGGGAAGAAAAAAAGGGCAAAGAGAGAAAAGAGGGAGUGUGAAUUUAAAGAUCAUCACUAUGGUCUUCCCUUCAUCAGUUUCAGCCUAUCUUGAUCCCUCUAAUUGGCAACAACAACAACAACAACAAGCUCCUCAUAGCUUGAAUCAAAAUGGGCUUGGAGGCAACCAAGUUAUAUUUCAGCACCCCGACGGCGGGAACUACGGUGGCGCCGGGGGUGGGAGCUUAAACGGCUCCGCGCCAGGUGGCGGCGGCGGCGCGACAAUCGCGAAGCCGAACUCGAUGGCGGAGAGGGCGCGGCAGGCGAAGAUCCCGCAGCCGGAAUCCGCCCUAAAAUGCCCCCGCUGCGAGUCCACCAACACCAAGUUCUGCUACUUCAACAACUACAGCCUCACCCAGCCCCGCCACUUCUGCAAGACCUGCCGCCGCUACUGGACCCGCGGCGGCGCCCUCCGCUCCGUCCCCGUCGGCGGCGGAUGCCGCCGCAACAAGCGCUCCAAAUCCACCUCCGGCCGGGGCGGCAGAUCCUCCUCCUCAUCCGCCGCCGCCGGCGGCAACAGAUCCAAAUCCCCCAACAACAAAACCACCGCCGACCACCACCACAUCCUCGGCCGGGGAUCUUCGUCGCUAAUCUUCCCCAACACGCAUCACGACCACAACAUUAACCUAGGGCAGCUUCUGGCUCCACAUCAGCUGCCCCUGCUGCCACCUUUGCAUCAUCUUGGACAGCUGGCGGACUAUAAUAAUAAUAAUAAUAGUAGCAGUACCUGCCACGUCGACAGUGGUAGUGUCGGGGCGCUGAACUUCAGCGCGGGGGGAAUGAUCUCUCCGCCUGCUGACGUGGCGGGCGGGAAUAAUAUAGUGGAGCAGUGGAGGUUGCAGCAGCAGCAAGUGCAUCAGUUUCCUUUCUUCGCCAAUUUGGAACAUCCGCAGCAGCCGAAUACGGCGGGGAUGUCGUUGUACUCUUCCUCCAUUGGUCAUGAUGAGGAGAUGAAUCAAGGAGGCAAAAUGGAAGGGCAUAAUGGUAAUAACUUACUCAUGUCGAGGAAUUUCCUGGGCAACUUUUCGUCUCCGGCGGUAGGAGAUCAUCACCGUGACGAGGAUGAGAAUCAGCAGCGGUAUUGCAACGGCAGCGGCGGCUGGCAGGCGGGAGGUGGCGGCGGCGGUGGUGGUAAGUACAUGAACGGAAACAGCCUGUGGAGUGGUGGCGGGGAUGGUCAACCUGGGUUUACUUCAUCUUCUUCUACAAGCCAUCUUUUGUGAUCGUAAAUUGAGGAGGAUGGAAUUUAAUUACUCGAUCGAUGGCGCGAUUUCCAGAAGAAUUGCAUGGUUGCAAGGUAGCUAGCUAGGUAGCCCGUGAGUGCUUUUCUUUAACUUGAUCCUCAAUUGAUGAUGUCUUUUGUUUAAAUUAGUUCUCACGUAUAUUAUCGAUCGUUUCCUUACUUAAUAUCGAUGUGCUAUGUGGGUGGUGACAAAAGUAUAUUGUAGAAGAUUCCUUAAUUACAAGCUACAUAUUUUUACAUUCAUGGAGUUGGGAUAUAUAAUUUGUGUCUAGGUAUGUAAAUAGUUGUGACGAAUUUUGGUGGUGAAACUACGUGUAGUUAAAUAGAGUUACAAGUUAAGUACUCAACCUCCUUACUUUUUGAUUGAAGGUUAUAAUGCGUAUGUUUUGUAACUUGAAAAAACGUACAUUACAAAUGAUAGCCCUCCGAUCCGAAAUUUAUAAGUUCUACGGUAAUAAGUUGUUGCAGCUUAUUAUUUCAGCUUCUCUCCCGAGAUUUUUUUUUUUUUUUUAUAGACUCUCCCGAGAUUUUAAAUCCUAACUAUAGUGUGUUUAUGCUAAUAAGAUUGGUCAAUUAUCAGGGUUUAAUUCGAAUAUCAGUAUUAAUUAAUUAAUAAUCUAUAGGGCAAGUGUUUUACUUUCUUCUUUUAGGUUUUAAUUUUCACUUUCUAUUACAUUGUUGUCAUAAGUAAUUAUAUAUGUUGUUGCAAUCCAAGUUACUCUCGAAACCAACUGGGAUAUUUAUUGAUUGGUAAUGAGGAUAAGAUCCUUCUUCUGCUGGUACAGCUAGCUUCACUUACACAGUUUACACACGUACAGAGGAGAUUAUAAUGGAGGUUGCUUUUGACCAUCUUUUUUAUAUCCUAGUAAAAAGGGUGACGAUGCAUGGAUUAUGGAAGAAAGGAAACCAUAGAAGUACUGAAAUCCAGAUUUGACCAGCUUCGCCAUUUCCAUGAUUCAUACAGAUAAUCAUUAUAUAAACCCUAUCUAUAUAUCUACAUGGGAGAGAGGGUUUCCAUACCCUGCAAACUGCAAACUCCCCUCUCUCUCUCUCUCUGUGUAUAUGCCUUUUGCUUUUUUUGCACAGAUUAGCACAAACCCUUUUGUCACCAUAAUACACAUGAAAAUAAUUAAUUCAUGGGAUGUGCUGUAAACUUUAAUUACUCUAGCUAGUGCCUCUUUAUGUCAUAUUACCAGCUAGCAAGUUUGUAUUGAUUUUACCCUCCUUUCUUGUCACAUUCUGUUAUAAAUAUAACCGUGUUGGUGGUAUAUUGAUUAGGUGAUGGAGAUGGAAUGUGUCAACAGUAGGAGAACGGAAAUUAGGUAGAUCAUAAUUAAUGACCACACAUAUAUAAGAUGAUGAUGUUUUAAUGAUUAUUAUAACUCGAGUUGUUGUGACGGUGAUAUGAUUGACUGAAUUCCAGCUUGGAAUUUACAAUGACUUAUAAUGCUAAUUAGUUAGGAUUCAUGAAAAAGGAUUAAAACAAAAACAUGAGUUUAUAAUUAUGAGAAAUUACUGCAAUUUUUCUAUUGAAAACUGAGAAGAGCGUUAGUUAUGCAUGUACACCAUUGGAUUCCAGUUCCAUGCUGCAAUUGACCCUUGCACUGCAGCCAUGGAAUUCCAAAAAAAAAAAAAAAAACCGUUGAAAGCAUCUGAGUCUGUGCCCCUGCUUCUUCUACUUUCCCUUUAUCUUUUUCUGUUUGGCGGGAGGGGUAUAGUUCCAUUGGACUUUGAAGCACGCGACAAAAAGAGAUGGGCAUGAGAGAAAGGUACACGUACUACUACUGAUGAAACAGAGAGAGGCAGAGAAGCUAAUAAGUGCAUGCAGCUGAUGGAGAAGUAACUGCAUUAGAAUGGCCGGGAAAUGGGGAUGAGUACUACUGCAGCUAGUUAUUUGUUGUAUACACAAUAGCAGCCAGACCAGUUUUCCAUCCACUGAGAGUUUGGGGCAAGUACGUACGUGCUCGAUCGAUCACUUUUGGAGACGGUGGUGAGAAUACUUCCAUGGAGCAUAUGGACAAAGAGGAAAGCUUCAGCUAAAGUUCCAAGCAAGGAUAUUAUUUCUUACAGGUUAAUUAACUAUAUAUAGAUUAGUCAUUAAUUAGUUCGUUGCAUGCAUAUGUAGAAGGAGGAUUAAUUACUGAAUUGAAUGUAGCUAGUUAUGGUUGUUACUUUUGGUUAACGUUGUGGGAGUUGCAUGCACAAGGGACAAUUCCCUAAAUACACAUAAAACUAAAGCAAAUUCCUAAACUACCACACUUUUAAAAAAAUUUCCCAAAAUACCUAAGUUUGGAGUGGUUCGAGUUUGAGAAACUCGAACUACUAACCGGUUCGAGUGUAGGAGACUCGAUCUACUCCUAGAUCGAUGAUAUAAGCCUCGAACCAUGUGGGGUUGAAGUGGUUCGAGUUCAGUGAACUCGAACCACUCCUUUGAAAUUUCCAAACCCCUUAACUUUGUGCUCGGUUAUCCGAUUGUAGCAAACUUUUUUUUCAUUUCGCAUAACUUUUUGAGGACUACAACUUUUAUAAUAGAAAUAUUUUCAGAAUAUAUGUGAAAAUGUAAAAAUUAAUGUUAAAGUUACUCCCAAAACCCCUUAUAUUAAAAACUAUUCCUAUUUUGAAAAUUUAUUCCUAGUAAAUGUUGUAGUACUCAAAAAGUUAUGCAAAAUAAAAAAAAACUUUGCGACGUUCGGAUUGCGGAGCACAAAGUUAUGAUCCUCCAAAGUUUGACAAAUUCGAAAAUUUGCUCGUUUAUGGGUAGCAAAUGACGUUUACAAGGAAGAUAGCCAUCCAAAAAUUUCUCGUUUGGAAAACUAUUGCUCUUUUUGCAGAAAUUUCCUAUAUAUAAAAAAAUUUCCUAUGCCUUCGCUCCGAGAAAAUGUCAUUUGUAAACCCUAAACGAGCAAUUUUUCGAUUUUACCAAACUUUAGAGGAUCAUAACUUUGUGCUCCAAAAUCCGAACGUCGCAAAGUUUUUUUUUAUUUUGCAUAACUUUUUGAGUACUACAACAUUUACUAGGAAAAAAUUUUCAAAAUAGGAAUAGUUUUUAAUAUAAGGGGUUUUGGGAGUAACUUUAACUUUAAUUUUCACAUUUUUACAUAUAUUCUGAAAAUAUUUCUAUUAUAAAAGUUGUAGUCCUCGAAAAGUUAUACGAAAUGAAAAAAAAGUUUGCUACAAUCGGAUAACCGAGCACAAAGUUAUGGUGGUUGGAAAUUUCAAAGGAGUGGUUCGAGUUCACUGAACUCGAACCACUUCAACUCCACAUGGUUCGAGACUUAUAUCAUCGAUCUACGAGUAGAUCGAGUCUCCUACACUCGAACCGGUUUGUAGUUCGAGUUUCUCAAACUCGAACCACUCCAAACUUAGGUAUUUUGGGAAAUUUUUUUAAAAGUGUGGUAGUUUAGGAAUUUGCUUUAGUUUUAUGUGUAUUUAGGGAAUUAAUCCCAUGCACAAUUUGUUUAUUACAGCGAGAGAGAGAGAGAGCUGGAAUCUGGGACUUGGAUCUGCUUUUGCUUUUGCAGGAAACGAACAUGAGGGAAAGCAGAGCCUGCUGCUCUCGUUUUACUGUGAAACGAGCUGGACGAGAGAGAGAGAGAGAGAGAGAGGAAUAAAGGGAACCCUAGUGAGAGAGAGAGAGAGAGAGAGAAGGGGUGUGUCAGAAAAGCAAAUCUCUUCCUACUGCUUUCUCUUUUUCUUUUUCGCUCAUCAUCUCCCUCUUUUUUUUUUUUCUUUCUCUCUUCUUCUCUGUGGUGAUGGCUGAUGGAUGUGGGGCGGGAUGUUUGUUUCCUUUUUUUUUGUUGGCGCAGUGGUUUUUUUGGUCGGUUGGUUUGGAAGGUAGUGGGAGGGAGAGGUAGUGAAACCGAUGAAAUCCAGUUACUGUCUGGGUGGAAUAAUAAUGGGAAGGCAAGGAAGAUAGAUUCCUUCUCUUCCCCUAGCUAUGAGAAGGAGGAGAAGAAGAAAAGGGAAAGCAGAGCUCAAAAAUCCAAGCAAGUGGAUGGAUGGCAGCUGCUAGCUAGGAUAUGCAAUGCAAUUGGAGUUUGAAUUUAUGGGUCCAUCACUUUGCAUGAAAAAAGUUUUCAAGUUGUCUAUAGGUUUAGGAAUAGAAUUUUGAUUAUCUAGGGGUUAGGGUUUGAGUUUUUUUUCCUAUCAUCAUUCUUGGAUUUGUACAUUUAAGAACAAAAAAUCUCAAUUUUUUUUUUAAUUUUUAAAAAAGUACAAGCAAAUACACCUAAUGUCUUUUUUAUCUUAGUCACUUUAUAUGUACGCCCGGAAAACAAAACAAAUGCGUAAAAAGAUUUGUAGAAUUUUGUAAAAAAGAAGAUAAUAUCGGAAAAUGUAAUGUUAAAAUGAUGAAUUAAUUCUAAACAUCCGGUUGGGCUUGAACAUUACAGUUUUAGCGGUAUUCAUACUAUAUCCAUAGCUGCAAAAUACUAUGUACAUCUUCUCCUUUUCAUUGUCACACCUCGUAAAGCAAUUAAAUUCUUUACUUAAUGAAUUAGAAUUUUAUUUCAAUUAUUUAAUUUUUAUCGACUCGUACAAAUUUAUACACCUUCCAAAUAGACAAUCUUAGCUACGUACCCACCUUUAUGACCUUCAAAAAAUCCCCUCCUUUGUUAUUUCACCCUUAAAACGUUAUUAUCUCUUUCCUUUAACUUUAAGCAUAUAUGCCAACCCUAUGCUUGGAACUUUUCUUAAUCCCAUAUUGUACAAUUCGAUGAAGAUUUGGGAAAUUGGUGCAUGUGUUCAUUAAUGAAGGCCCAUGAUGAUCUAUGAAGACUGGAAGAUUGAUUGCCAGAAUUGGUGGUGCCAAAAAGGAAAAGGAGAUUGAGAUGCAUCAUCCAAAAGGUUCAAAUCAUGAUAAAUACACACACAACAAAGAUUUGCCCAAUGA